UGGCUUUGCUUGGCUUCGCUUCACUUUCGCUUCCGCCUUGCUUUGCUCAGCCAAACCCUCGCCGUCUGACCUGCUCUUCCUCUCUCCAUCGCUCUAUAAAUUCGAGCCACGCUGCCUUGCUGAAAUCGAUGCGGAUGGUCCCUGUAGGAGUUCCUCUGAGUAUCGGCGGAGAGUUUCUGGUGCUCCUGCGUGGUGUAUUAUAAGGUUUGCUCGGGGGCUGGGAACUCAAGAGUUAGUCUUUUAGGGGCAGUUUCGGUGUGCCACCAUGGCGGAGCAUCUGGCGUCCAUCUUUGGGACUGAGAAAGAUCGUGUCAAUUGUCCCUUUUACUUUAAGAUUGGUGUGUGUCGCCAUGGUGACCGCUGUUCGCGUCUUCACAACAGGCCUACAGCCAGCCAGACUUUGCUGCUUGCGAAUAUGUAUCAGUCCCCCGACGCUGGCUUUCACGGCGGUGUAGACCAGCACGGGAACAUUCAGCAGUCGGAUCCUCGGAAACUUCAGGAGCACUUCGAGGAUUUCUACGAAGACAUAUUCGAAGAACUUAGCAAGUAUGGAGAAAUUGAGAAUCUCAAUGUUUGUGACAAUCUUGCGGAUCACAUGAUUGGGAAUGUGUACGUGAAGUUUCGAGAAGAAGAACAUGCUGCCGCUGCUUUGAAUGCCCUGAGUGGGCGUUUUUAUGCUGGUAGACCCAUCAUUCUGGAUUUCUCUCCCGUCACCGAUUUCCGUGAAGCAACAUGCCGUCAGUAUGAAGAGAACACAUGCAACAGGGGAGGUUAUUGUAACUUUAUGCAUUUGAAGAAAAUAUCGAGGGAAUUGCGAAGGAAGCUAUUCGGAAACUACCGAAGGCGCAGCAGGAGUCGCAGUCAUUCGCCGUACGGUCGUGGAGAAGCUCGUGGUCCUCCAAGUCCCCGACGUUAUGGAGACAGAGAUUUCUAUGAUUCUCGACGAGGUGGCGGGCGAGGUGGUGGUGGCAGAGGUCGAUCGUAUGGUCGAAGAUAUGAAGAAUGGGAUGAUCGGCGAUACGAUGACCGCAGAGGAGGAGGUCGUUCAGAUGGAGGCAGAAGGCGAGACAGAAGCAGAAGUAGAACACCUCCUAGGAGGGGACGAAGUCCUGGUGCCCGGGAAGGUUCUGCAGAGAGAAGGGCUAAGAUCGAGCAAUGGAAUCGUGAACGCGAGGUGCGCCAAGCAGCUGAAACUGCUCCAGCUGGAUCUCCACAUCGAAGGGACUCUGCAGCAUAUGAUAACGAAUAGAAGCACGCUAUUUCUGGUGUGUGUCUUGUCACACCGUUCCUAUCCAUUUUGAGCUUAGGUCAAGUUUGGGCUAGUAUUUAGUUAAAGUUAAGCCCAGGGGCGUGCUGGUCUCUGCUGUCUGUCGGUUUACUGACAAGAACCUGAGCUUGUGCGCAGGUCUCAGGUAUAGGUGCAAUGUUCAACACUGCUGCAGUGCAGCAACAGUCUAGCUGCUAUUGAUAUGAACACUUUGAUUUGUGAGCUGUCGGGAGCAUCAUGCUACUACUUUUCUGGUGAACAGUGUGCAGAGUAAUUUAGGAAUGCAGGUGCAUGUGAUGAAAUAUAUGGUAAGCCAGCUCACAGUUGUGUCGAGGUGUACCUGCAGGUUGCAGGGAUCCCAGUUUUGCUGGUUAGAUGCAUAGGUUGAAAGUUAACAUGCCCUUUGGACUGAACAGGUGAAGCUGAUCUACAGCCAGCAGGUCCAAGCAAACAGAGGCGUUCUUCUCAUUGAGCAUCAGACAAACAGGAAAUGAUGCAGAGUCAGGAAGUCGCAGAAUAUUGAAUAGCUUUGAUGGCAGCGGUUGUUGCUGUGUGCAGGUGCAGGCAUCGGCCCUGUGUUAGUUUCUAUUAGGGGUUAAAAUCUUCAUCCUGGGACGUUUGUGUGUUUCUGGGACUGGCCUUGCAGGAUAUCUUGACGUGCCGGAAUUAGUGUUCCGUCCUUAUUAAGCACCUUUUGAUAAUUCUAGAACGUGUGAUCUAUUUAGUGAAGAACAUCAUUGUAUCUCUUCUGAAUGUGGUAUUGUGGCCGUUCGGCAAUUAAAACUAGAUUAAGAAUAAGCUGGUCUGUCUCCUUUUUGUUAUUAUUAGCUCCUGUCUACUGUCUUCAAUAUGAAUGCAGGAUUGUUAUUUGUUUUC